GGAGGAGAAGGUGGACGGUGGCUGGGUGGGAGGGGUGGAGAAGGAGGACCUGAGGAAUUGGGGAAGAUGAACAACCAAUUUUAAUUUAACAUUAAUUUCCCUAAUUAUACCAUAAUAUAUUAAAUAUUUAUAUUUUUGAAAAAUAGGAAUUACCUACAAAACCUGCUACUGCAGGUCAAAAGGCCCUUGUGCAACCUUACACAAGCACUCAUUUGUGUAUGCUAAAUUUCUCCUUAAUAAAACUCAACUUUAUUACGAUUGAGAUUUUGAGAGUGUGAAACAGAAAGGAGGGGUAGUUUUGGGAUUAUGAAAAAAAAAGCUGUGAACACGAAUGAUGUGGCAGUUACCUUUUUCAUCCGUCCUGUACCUUCUGUUUUGCAGUUUUCAUUUGCCACCUUUAUAUACACUUUUUGCCUGUGUGCUACGCACUCUCCGCCUCCAUUUUCACCCUCCACACAUUUUCUCAACUCAAAAGACACAUAGCUUUCUUUUUCUUUGGUCAUUCAUUUCAGUGUUCAUUUUGAUUGGCCUAUAAAUCAUUUUCAACUACGAGGUAGCUCAAUAGUCCAUUUAUUUAUUAUUUUACUGCUAUUAAAAAUAUUUUAUCUGUUUUUUUUUUUCCAUUUUUUUCUUCACGACAUUUUGUUUUUGUUUUCGUUUAUUGUCUUGUUUGGAUGCCGAGAAAUGACAGCAAAGGUUUCAAACUCGAAUGUAUGACUACAAUCAUUGAAUCAUGUUUCUGAUUUCGCUUUGUUUUUCUUGUUAAGCAAAAAGUUGCCAGUGAUUACUACACUGCAACGGUUACUAUUGUGCAAAAAACGUAGGGUUUUGUGUUUAAUCUUUGUUCCGUUUCGUUGCUCAGAAAUCACUGUAAAUGUAGCAGUAGCACACUCGUGUCUGAGACUUUUCAACUUCCCUUACUCUCCCUCUCUCUAUACUAUUUGCAUUUUUCAUCAGCUUACUAAAAUAAGCACAUAGGGCGAGCCUCGGCGCAACGGUAAAGUUGUUGUAGCUUUGCCUUUUUUUCAGCAAGAUUUUAUGAUGUUGGUUUUUUAAAUGGAUUCUAAGAAUUGAAGUUAGAUGAACAUGAUUUGAGCUUUGGAUUUUGUUCUUAAAUGUCUUAUUUUCACACUAAUGAGACUUUUCUUCCUCUUUUUAUGUUUCAGGUGGUAGGUGAUCAAGAAUCUUUAACAAUCAGUACUUUGGAGAGCUAGAUUUUUGCCAUUGAGAUGAAUGUGGAGACGCUUUUUACAGAUAAUGAUGGAGGGGAUUCUUUUUCUUGGCGCUGCAAGGAAUCGACUGAAGAAUAUAAAGAUAAUGCACAAGAGGAUACUGAUGUGAAUGAUAAACAUGGUGACAGCGAACCUCUAUGCUGCAAAUGCUCGCGUGGUGGAAUGCUCAUGCGCUGCUGUGGAAAAAGAUGCCAAAGGAGUUACCAUCCCUCUUGUGUGGACCCUCCUUUCAAUUAUGUUCCUCCAGGGUUUUGGUAUUGUAUCCAGUGUGUUGAAAAAAAGAUAAAGUUUGGUGUGCAUUCUGUUUCUGUUGGGGUGGAAUCCAUCUUUGAUACCAGAGAGGUGGUUUCAGAUAAUGAAGUGACGCAAACGGAGUACUUUGUCAAAUAUAAGGGCCUUGCUCAUGCUCACAACUGCUGGAUUCCAGAAAUACAAAUGCUUCUUGAGGCUCAAAAACUUUUGGCUAAGUUUAAGAGGAAACUGCAGGUUGUCAGUUGGAGAAGACAUUGGAGUAAACCUCAGCGCUUACUACUAAAAAGGGCAAUUGUUUUACCAAAGCAAAAUGAUCAACAUUUUGAUGCGCACAAACACAAUGGCAAAGAUUUAGCUUACCGUUAUGAGUGGCUUGUAAAAUGGACCGGUCUUGGUUAUGAACAAGUUACAUGGGAGUUAGAUGAUGCUUCAUUUAUGACAUCAUCUGAAGGCAUUAAACUCAUAGAUGAUUACGAAUGUCGUCUUAAGAGAGCAGACAGACUGUCAAAUCCUUUCGAAGCUAAGGAGAGAAAAGCUUCUCUUGCUGAAUUAUCAGUGCCAGCAUCUGGAGAUUUACCAGGACUUUAUAACCAGCAUUUGAGUUAUGUGACCAAGCUUCACAUGUGUUGGCACAAAGGACAGAAUGCUCUUAUUUUAGAGGAUCAAAUUGACCAGGAGCGGGUUAUGAAGGUGAUUUUGUUUAUACUAUCUUUGAAUCAUAAUGUGAAGAGGCCUUUUCUCAUCAUCACAACUUCUUCUGGCCUCACUGUAUGGGAAACAGAAUUCUUACAUUUGGCACCAUCUGCCAAUCUUGUAGUUUACAAGGGAAACAAAGAUGUACGGAGUUGCAUCAGGGCAUUAGAGUUUUAUAAUGAAGAUGGUGGGAUCUUAUUUCAAAUAUUAUUGUCAUCUUCUGAUAUUAUCGUUGAGGACUUACAUGAACUAAGAUGCAUUUCAUGGGAAGCAAUAAUAAUUGAUGAAUGCCAGCGAUCCAAAAGUUUAAGUCAUAUUGACUAUAUCAGGACUCUAGCAGCUGAGAUGAGGCUUCUUCUCGUUAGCGGACAAAUCAAGGAAGAUCGGGCUGAUUAUAUCAAACUGCUUUCAUUCCUCAAGUCUGGACAUCAUAGGUUAAAUAUUGCUCAAAUGGAGACUUACUUCUCUGCUAGUAUUUCCAAUUUGAAGAGCCAAUUGGAACAAUAUGUUGCAUAUAAGUGCAAUUCAGGCUCCACUAGGUUUGUAGAGCAUUGGGUUCCUGCCCAGCUUUCCAAUUUGCAGCUUGAGCAGUAUUGUUCAAUGCUACUUUCAAACUCAAUAUUGUUACAGUCAAGCCAAAAAUCGGACACAGUUGAUGCUCUCCGUGACCUUAUUAUCUCAACAAGGAAGUGCUGUAACCACCCAUAUCUCCUGGACCCGUCACUGCAUAACUUUGUUACUAGAGGUCGACCUGUUGAAGAGCAUCUAAAUAUUGGAAUAAAAGCUAGUGGAAAACUGCAACUUCUUGAAAGAAUCCUUUUUGAAGCAAGACGUCGCGGGUUAAGAGUGCUAAUAAUAUUUCAGUCAAGUGAUGGUUCUGGUUCAAUUGGAAAUAUUUUGGAUGAUGUUCUCUGUCAGAGAUUUGGUCAAGAUUGCUAUGUACGAUAUGAUAGAGGUUAUAUCAAAUCUAAGAAGCAAGCUGCUUUAGAUACAUUUAAUGACAAAGAAAGUGGAAAAUUUGUCUUCUUGAUGGAAAUCCGGGAUUGUCUCCCCAGCGUUAAGCUUUCAUCGGUGGAUACUGUUAUAUUAUUUGACAGUGAUUGGGACCCGCAAAAUGAUUUAAGAUGCUUACAAAAGAUGUCUGUAAGCUCACAGUUCAGCCAGUUAACAGUUUUCAGAUUGUACUCAUAUUUCACUGUUGAAGAAAAGGUUUUAAUGCUUGCAAAAGAGGGUAUCCGUUUAACUGUUGACAACAAUAUGCAAUUGAUUAACCAGAGUAUUUGUCACGCCCUGCUAAAAUGGGGUGCCUCCUAUUUGUUCGAUAAGCUUGAUUACUUACAUGGCGGUGAAUUCUCAGUCUCUGCUCCAGACAUCUGCUCUGAUCAAUCACUUCUAAGUGAUAUAAUUUGUGAAUUAUCACCCAAUUUGGUUUAUGGUGGUGGUGAGCCUGGCGACAACACUGAUUGUAAUGGAUGGUCAUUCAUAUCAAGAGUACAAAAGAAUGGAGGGGAAUAUGCAAGGAACAUUUUAUUGCUAGGAGAAAGAGAAAUAAAGAAAUUGGGGAAUGAGCCACACACUUCUUCCUGGAGUGACCUUCUCAAAGCAAGGCGUCCUCAAUGGAAGCUUUUGUCUGUUUCAUCUCAACGGAUCAGGAAAACUGUCAAGCAUUUUGAUCGCAUAAUUAAAGAAUCUGAAUGUGAAAAUGAUGCCGUUGUAAGAAAGAGGAGGAAAGUGUCCAUAGACUAUGUUGAUCCCAAAAGAAGGAAAGUGUCCAAGGAUAAUGUCAAUCCCAAGGAGAGGAAAGUGACAAAGGAUAAAGUUGACCCCAAGAAGAGAGUACCCAAGGAUAUGGUUGAUACAAAGGGAAGAAAAUUGACAAAUGAUGUUUUUGCAAAUAAGACUAGGAAGGUUUCCAAGGAUAUUAUUGAUGCAAAAAGGAGGGAAAUGUCCAAGGAUAUUAAUGUGAAUAGGAGGGGAUUGUCCAAGGAUGUUGCUAAUUCCAAGAGCAGGAAAGUGACCAAGAAUGUAUUUAAUUCCAAAUAUCUUAAAGCAUAUAAUAGGGCAAGGAAAUUGAAUGGUAUUAGGAAUGGCUUUUCUAAGGUACUUGAUUCUACAGUGCAUCCUUUGACCAGUGAAAUCACAGGGGCAGCUGCAAUGAAUAUGCAAUUUUCAAAACAAAAGAAACUGCCUGACAUGCCGAAAAGCACUGAAUUAUUGCCAAAGCCUGAUAUAUCAGAGCUCUGUGACGUUUUGCAUUUUCCGAAAAAUGUCAAGGCUGUCGCCACGAGGGUUCUUGAGCACAUAUUCGAACAUUACAAUAUUAGUUGCCUAGAAGUUUCUACUGCACAGGCAUUUGAAAUAUCUGUGUGUUGGCUAGCAGCUUCCUUGUUGAAACACAAGAUUGAUAGGAAAGAUUCACUUCAUCUUGCAAAACAGCUCUUGAAUUUUGAUUGUAAGGAGGAUGAAGCCAGUGAUGUAUACUCUGAACUGUCAAAGCAUAAGAAGGAUUUUUCAACUUUUUUACAAAAUGGACUUCAUGUUGAAAAAUGUAAUAUAGAUGGUGCUUCAGACUACACAACACCUGAGCUGAAAGAUUUGGCACAAAAGGAUAAGCAGGAGGGUUUUCAGGGUCCUCGUGUUUCAAAUCUUAUGAAACCUGCCACAAAUGAACAUGAUCAUCAAAGGAAAUCUUUCACAACAGUGCUAUCUCCCCAAGACGAGACUCACACAGAAAAGUUUCAUAGUGUACCAUAUACGGCUCAUGAAAAUUGUCUAUCUCAAAGAACACCCGGUAGUUUUCCUGUGGAAGCAGAUGCCAUCUCCAUGGAAUCUGAUGCAGAUGAAAGAACGAAUGCCAGUUUGCCUGUUGAAUCAGAUGCUAUCCCCAUGGAAUGUGAUGCAGAUGAGAGAACGAAUGCCAUGACCUCAAUAACUGCUGAAGUUUCAUUCUACGAGCACGGGAAUGAAGUCCCUAAUUCAAGUAGUGAUCCUAAUAAUGUCAACCCUGUUGCGAGUUCCUUAGAAAGACAGAGUCCUAUUGUUAAUACAGAUACUGCACAGUCUGACAUCAAUUUUUCUGAAGAUCAUCAAAUUUUAAUGAAUGAGGAAGUGGUUGCUGUUGACAAUUCUAUGAGUAUGUCAACUCAUCCUGCACAAUUUAACAGUGUUGAGACAUAUACUGUAACUUGUGAUAAUACUGCUGUUCCUGAGGUCAGACAUUGGUACAGUACAGAGCGUUCUGUAUGUGGGGAGCCAACUGAUUUGCAGUUUGAUGAGAGUACCCUACCAUAUAUGCAACCAUCACAUGCACAUUUACUGCCAUUGCCUCAGAUGACUAUGUCUGAUAUUCCAUCCUAUCUGGAGGACAAUUUUGCAAGUGUCCUGGCUCAAGAUAAUCUUUUUUAUCAUAGUGGUGUAGAUCAUUGUUACACUCACGAGGCUGAAGUAAUAUCACAAGCACCAAUUGACCCAGUGGAGCGAGUGUACAAUUCACCUCUGACACUGCAACCCUCCACUAGUGUGCCCAUUCAUGAAAAUGCAACACAUAUACCUCAAGUCCCAAACAGUAAUCCUUUUCUAGCUCACUCUGGAACAUCUGAACUGCCCCCCGUUGCAUAUCCAGACCCGCUGCUAAUGGAAAUAGAGAGAAUAGAAAAGAUGAAUGAAGAAGCUGACAAGAUACAUGAGAAAAUAAGAUUGCAGGUCGUAUCUGACUUCGAAAAGGAGCGUGGAAAGUUAGUUGAAAAGUACAUGACGUUGUUUCAAAAUCUCGAUACUGCAGUUGAGCUGAAGAAGAGGGAACUUGAGACACAAUAUGAAUUAGUUCUCAUGAAUAGGGUAUUAGCUGAGGUUUGGUUCCAAAAGCUUGAUAAUUCAGCACAAAGCUUAGAACAAGUGGCAAUGCCUAGCUUUUCCAGUUCCCAUGUAUCAAGGAGCCAUAUCUCUCAUAUUCCUGCUCAAAGAUUUGAACAAUUUACUACUGAACGUCCUCCCAUAUAAUCGGCGGUUAAUCCUUCGACAGCCUAGAAUAUCAGAUCGAUAAGUGCCGCAGAAUUAGUUCUAUUGCACAGGAAUGGUGAUAAAUAGGAAAAGUAAAACACACUAACAGGUUGUACAAAUAUAUUUUCCCUUUUUUGAUGACUUUGGUUUUCAAAUGUUCAGCUACCUCACUUGGCUGAUAUACCUUGUACAAAAUUUUGAAUUAGUGUAGUCAUGUAGUGCAGUGAAUAUCCAUAUUUUGUCUUCAA